AUCCUUGACCUCCGACCUCCCUCCAGGCCCUGGGAAGCGCACGUGGCCUGUGAUCCGCCCGCUUCGGCCCCCUCGGAAUGUCGCAGGCCCCGGAGGGGGCGCCGCCGCCGCCGCCGCCGCCGCCGCCGCCUCAACUCCGCGGGGCUCAGCUGCUCAAAGCAGCGCUGGAGCAGGCGGGCUCCGGCGGGCAGGACGACGUGCGGGAGCUGCUGAGGCGCAGGAGGGCCAGGUGGGUUUCAAUGAGCAUUUAAAGUGGCUCCUUUUCAACAAGCCGGUGCCUUCCUUGAUUCAGGAGGGGCCCCAGUGUGGCCUAGUGGCCCUGUGGAUGGCAGGAACCCUUCUUCACCAGCCCAGAGCUGCUUCCCUAGAGGAAAUUAUUCAGGUGGCUUUGGAGAGAGGUUACACUGCCCAGGGGGAAAUGUUUUCAGCUGCUGACAUGGCCAAGCUAGCCGAGGAAGUGUUCUCCUGCCAAGCAGAGCUGCUGUCCGGAGGUCUGGAGGGCCGGAACCAGGAGAGGCUCCUCCGCCAUCUUCUUGCGGGCCUCCCUUUGCUGAUACCAUAUGACGAGGAUUCCAACCACGAACCCUGCCUCCGGCGCGGUUACAAGGCUCACUGGGCCGUCGCCUCAGGAGCUCUGCUUGGGCUGAAGGGGGAUCCACAACUGCUGGACUGCCAGGAAGACGAGGAGAUGCCAGGACUCUUCCAUGCCACCCCCCCAUACAGCUCCCUCCCCCUGGGGGCUGUGGCUGAGACAUACUUGCUUUCUAAGCAGGGCAAAAGCUGCCGCUACCAGCUGUGGAGCUACCAGCAAGUGCAGGAGAGCAACGCCCAGCUGACACACUUCAGCCCCAAGCGGGCAGCUGACGGCAAGGUCUACGUUGUGCCUGGGGGGGGCGUGCAGGAAGGGCUGUGUGGGAAGGCAGUGCUGCUCCAGCCUGCCCCCAAGCCUUCUGAGGCCUGAAGUUGUUGCCAAGAGGUUUGGUUUGAGGCUGCUGGCCGGGCAGAAGAUGAACGGCUCCGGCUGAUGGGCCGCGAUCCCCAACGGGAAUGGUCUUCUGCAUAGAAGCUGCUCAGGAGUAUAGGACUGAUCACAUGGUGGUCAUUCGUCGUCUAAUGAACUCAGUGCGCAUGCCCCCGUUCACUGCAUCCUCACAACAACCCUUUGAGGUAGGCAGCGGAUGACUGGCCCUGAGUCAGCCAGUAAGCUUCAUGACACGAGGAGGAUUAAACUCGUCUUCCACUGUCCCUUGAGCCAAUACGUCAGCUGAGGUUUUGCACGAAGUAGCCUCCACAGCUAACUUUCCCCCUUCUCCAGUCAAACUGCCUGCAUGGCUGCUGGGAGCCUCAGAAUAAAAUGGCCUGAGCAGUCAGGUUUUGGAAACACGCCCCCCCCCCCCCGGGGCCUUUCUGCCUUGGAAAUGGCCAGGUGCCUGCCUUUUUCCCUGCUCUGCUCCAUCCCAGCUGGGGAAGAGCCGGGCCACACGUGCCUUAGGGAGGCCUCCAUCUGGGGCCACAAAUGGGGGCAGGGGUGAUGUGAGCCCUCCCUGCUCUCGUCUGGGCCACCACCUUCCUGCAGAGGCCGGAGUCUGAAGUGGUCCUUCGGCGUGGCGUGGCUAAAAUGGGGGGGGGGCGCGGCGAUUUGGAAUGUCCUUUCAAAUCCAAACCAAACUCUUUAAUGCCACUAAAAAUAUUUGUGGAGGGGAGAGGCAAGAGAGGGCCAAAGCCACGCUCUGGGAGAUCUAGAGGGGAAGGGGGUUGUGGGGUCCAGCAGACAGAAGGGCAGGUUGGGGAUUGCGGCUAGGUCUGUUUUUGCAUUUUGACCUCAAGUGACAUUCAGUAGAGUCAGAGUUGGAAGGGGCUUUACAGACCACCUAGUCCAACCCCCUUCCCAAUGCAGGAGCAGCCUAAAGCAUCCUUGACAAGGAUUCGUUCAGGCAUUCCUUGAACGAGCGGGAAGCCAGGCCUUUGGCACAAGAGCCUAAAUGUUCUCAUGCUGCUAACUCAGGUGUAAAUAAAAACGUGGAAAAAAACUUGACUGGGUAGU